UCCUGCCUAGCUGCCGGUUGCUAUGGAUUUCUGUGAAAGGCCCUCGGAAUAAUGGCACGUCCCACCGCUGAUGUCAGAGCUGGGAGCUGCUGAACGGGGCUGCAGCCUGUUGCUGGUGAGCAUCAAACAGCCCGCUGUUCCUCCAGAUGCCUGGAUCCGGCUGGGGAUCGCGGAGGCGGAGGCGCCCUUAACGCCAGCUCGCCUUCUCUUCCCUUCCCUGGCAGCAGUGGAGGAUUUUAUUCAGGACGCAGAUUAAUAAUCAGCGGACGUCGGUCUUUAAGAGCGCCGAUCGUUUCCUCCUGCCUUGAUGGCUAUAGGAACCUUGGAAGGCUUUGAAGCUCAUUUUCCAGCAGCUCACGUGGCAGUGUGACAGCGAGCGGGUGGCUCAGGCAUGUGACAGCGGCUUGACUCAAACAUGACUCUGCUGGCGGGAGAUGGCUCAGACUACGACUACAGUGCUCUGAGCUGUGCCUCGGAGUCGUCGCUCAGCGGCCCUGCCCUCCACCAGGAGAGACAGGCCCUCAAGGGCACCUUCUACCAACGGGCCCAGCUCCUUCCGCUGGGCAAGGGUGGAGGUGAGGUGCCCCUGCCCAGUGCCCGUAAGCUCCACGCCAUCAUUAAUGUGGGCGGCCUCCGUUACCAGCUGCCCUGGACCACGCUCGAGGACUUCCCGCUCACACGGCUGGGCCAGCUGCGGGCCUGCAGCAACUUCGACGAGAUCAUGCGCGUGUGCGACGACUACGACGUCACCUGCAACGAGUUCUUCUUCGACCGCAACCCGUGCGCCUUCCGCAACAUCCUGACCUUCCUGCGUGCUGGCAAGCUGCGGGCGCUGCGCGAGACCUGCGCCCUCUCCUUCCGCGAGGAGCUCCUCUACUGGGGCAUCCCCGAGGAGUGCCUGGAGUGGUGCUGCCACCGGCGCCUCCUGCAGCGCAUCGAGGAGUGCGAGGAGCUGGACCGCGCCGAGGAGGAGGAGCUCCUGGAGGCUGAGGGCGGCCUACACGAGCCGCUGGCCCAGGAGUCGUGGCAUGCCGUGUGCAUGGGGCGCCUCAGGGACAUGGUGGAGAGACCCCACUCAGGUCUGCCCGGAAAGAUCUUCGCCUGCCUGUCCGUCCUCUUCGUCACCAUCACCGCCAUCAACCUGUCCAUUAGCACCAUGCCAGCCAUGAGGCAGGAAGAGGAGGAGGGGAAAUGCUCACAGAUGUGCUACAACAUCUUCAUCGUGGAGACCGUCUGCGUGGCCUGGUUCUCGCUGGAGUUCACGCUGCGCUUCAUCCAGGACCGCAGCAAGCUGGCUUUCCUGCGGCGGCCCCUGAACCUCAUCGACGUGGUGGCCAUCCUGCCCUACUACAUCACGCUGGUGGUGGACGGCACCUCCGAGGGUGACAAGCGGCUGGGCUCGGGCAGCAGCUACCUGGAUAAGGUGGGGCUGGUGCUGCGGGUGCUGCGGGCCCUGCGCAUCCUCUACGUCAUGCGGCUGGCCCGCCACUCGCUGGGCCUGCAGACGCUGGGGCUGACGGCCCGCCGCUGCACGCGCGAGUUCGGCCUGCUGCUGCUCUUCCUGUGCGUGGCCAUCGCGCUGUUCUCGCCGCUGCUCUACCUGACCGAGAGCGAGGCGGCGGUGGGCGCGCGCGAAUUCAGCAGCAUCCCCGCCACCUACUGGUGGGCCGUCAUCACCAUGACGACAGUGGGCUAUGGGGACAUGGUGCCGCGCAGCGUGCCCGGCCAGGUGGUGGCGCUCAGUAGCAUCCUGAGCGGCAUCCUGCUUAUGGCCUUCCCCGUCACGUCCAUCUUCCAUACCUUCUCGCGCUCCUACGUGGAGCUCAAGCAGGAGCAGCAGCGGCUGCUCCAGAGACGGACGCAUUUCCUGCUGCGCAACCGCAUCACGGACCUCAGCAACCUGUCCCUGGAGAGCGACGCGCUCUUCCCCAGCGGCUCCUCCUGCUCGGAGCCCCGGGAGACCGACGACUGAGCCGGAAUCUUCCUUCCGUUUAACUGUGGUCUCUUGGUCGUCUCGUUCCAUCGUUCCAUAACUGAUCACAUUCCGUUGUGGGGAAUAGGGGGAUUUUUUUUGGGAGGGGGCAAUAAAAUUUGCCAAACUGCGGGGGGAGGCAUUUUUCCAGUGAUUAAAGUUGCUAAGCCUGAAAUCAGGAGUCCAUCAGGAGAAAUAGGAAAUUGGAAGAAACCCUUACAAAUCACCAGUGUUGACAGGACAUUCCUGUCUUUCUCAAAACCUAGACAAUGUCCCAUGGUAUAGAUUUGGGUAUGGAUGGUAGGUACAUGGGUGUACCGUGUGUUUUGGAGGGGGGGCUGAUUUGGUCCCUCCCGAUGCCCUUGAAUGCUACCUGGUGGGGGCCCUUUCUCCCGCCUCAAGAACAUCAUGAAGAUGGAUUGCCUUGUUCUUGUUCCGUUGUCAUCCGUAUCUUCCACAUGGAACACAAUAAAAAUAUAUAGACUUGUGCAUAGAAACACUCAUAUACAGGAAAUCACCACCAGAGGCAGCAUGUCCAAUACAAUUAUGACUUUGGCAUACAAGUAUGAAAUGGCUCUAUAUGGAAUUAAUUUAUAAAUUAUAAAUUAAAUGACACUAUAUUAGAUGUAACUAAUGCAAAUGUACUCCUUUAUUGCUGCAAUGACUGUGCUGCAUUUAGAUGUGGAGUUAUUUUUUACUCGUUCUGUAGUGUCUCAAUAAAUGUCCUCCUAACCA